UUAACGUGACAGUGUCGGGUGGACCCACAGUCAUCCCAGCGCCCCUCUGGGGGUUGCUGAGAGUGGGACAACAUGGAAGAGAGGAAACAUGAGACGGUGAACCAAGCUCAUGUCCUCUUUGACCGGUUUGUCCAGGCCACCACCUGUAAGGGGACUCUCAAGGCCUUCCAAGAGCUCUGUGACCACCUGGAACUGAAGCCUAAGGACUACCGCUCCUUCUAUCACAAGCUCAAGUCCAAGCUUAACUACUGGAAAGCCAAAGCCCUCUGGGCAAAGUUGGACAAGCGGGGCAGUCACAAAGACUACAAAAAGGGAAAAGCAUGCACCAACACCAAGUGUCUCAUCAUUGGGGCUGGCCCCUGUGGUCUCCGCACAGCCAUUGACUUAUCCUUGCUGGGGGCCAAGGUGGUCGUCAUUGAGAAGCGAGAUGCCUUCUCCCGCAACAACGUCUUGCAUCUGUGGCCGUUCACCAUACAUGAUCUGCGAGGUCUGGGUGCCAAGAAGUUCUAUGGCAAGUUCUGUGCCGGAGCCAUCGAUCAUAUCAGUAUCCGUCAGCUCCAACUCAUACUUCUGAAAGUUGCCUUGAUCCUGGGCAUUGAAAUCCACGUCAACGUGGAGUUCCAGGGACUUGUACAGCCUCCCGAGGACCAAGAGAAUGAACGGAUAGGCUGGCGGGCACUGGUGCACCCCAAAACUCAUCCUGUGUCAGAGUAUGAAUUUGAGGUGAUCAUCGGUGGAGAUGGCCGGAGGAACACUCUGGAAGGAUUUCGUCGGAAAGAAUUUCGUGGCAAGCUGGCCAUUGCCAUUACAGCCAAUUUUAUUAACCGAAAUACAACAGCAGAAGCCAAAGUGGAAGAGAUCAGCGGUGUGGCUUUUAUAUUUAACCAAAAAUUCUUCCAGGAGCUGAGGGAAGCCACAGGUAUCGACUUGGAGAACAUCGUCUACUACAAGGAUGACACGCAUUAUUUUGUUAUGACAGCCAAAAAACAGAGUUUACUGGACAAAGGGGUGAUACUGCAUGACUACGCCGACACAGAGCUCUUGCUCUCCCGAGAGAAUGUGGACCAGGAGGCGCUGCUCAACUACGCCAGGGAGGCGGCGGACUUCUCCACCCAGCAGCAACUGCCCACUCUAGAUUUCGCCAUCAAUCACUACGGGCAGCCCGACGUGGCCAUGUUUGACUUCACUUGUAUGUACGCCUCCGAGAACGCCGCCUUGGUGCGGGAGCAAAAUGGACACCAGCUAUUAGUGGCUCUGGUUGGGGACAGCCUCCUGGAGCCAUUCUGGCCGAUGGGUACAGGAAUAGCCCGGGGCUUUCUAGCUGCUAUGGACUCUGCCUGGAUGGUACGAAGUUGGUCUCUGGGAACAAGCCCCUUGGAAGUCCUGGCAGAGAGGGAAAGUAUUUAUAGGUUGCUGCCUCAGACCACCCCUGAGAAUGUGAGUAAAAACUUCAGCCAAUACAGCAUCGACCCUGUCACGAGGUACCCCAAUAUUAACGUCAACUUCCUCCGGCCAAGCCAGGUGCGCCAUUUAUAUGAUACUGGAGAAACAAAGGAUAUCCAUCUGGAAAUGGAGAACCUGGUAAAUUCCCGAACUACUCCAAAGUUGACUCGCAACGAGUCUGUAGCUCGUUCAAGCAAACUGCUGGGUUGGUGCCAAAGGCAGACAGAUGGCUACGCCGGGGUAAAUGUGACAGAUCUAACCAUGUCUUGGAAAAGCGGCUUGGCCCUUUGUGCGAUUAUCCAUAGAUACCGGCCUGAUCUAAUAGAUUUUGAUUCUUUGGAUGAGCAAAAUGUGGAGAAGAAUAACCAACUGGCCUUUGAUAUUGCUGAGAAGGAACUGGGCAUUUCUCCCAUCAUGACAGGCAAAGAAAUGGCCUCCGUGGGGGAGCCUGACAAGCUGUCCAUGGUGAUGUACCUGACUCAGUUCUACGAGAUGUUCAAGGACUCGCUCCCCUCCAGCGACGCCUUGGACCUGAAUGCUGAGGAGAAAGCCGUCCUGAUAGCCAGCACCAAAUCCCCCAUCUCCUUCCUAAGCAAACUUGGGCAGACCAUCUCUCGCAAGCGUUCUCCCAAGGAUAAAAAGGAAAAGGACUUGGAUGGUGCUGGAAAGAGGAGGAAGACCAGUCAGUCAGAGGAGGAGGAUGCUCCCCGGAGCCACAGAGAAAGACCGACGCUGGUGAGCACUCUGACGGACAGGAGGAUGGAUGUCACCGUGGGGAACCAGAACAAAGUCAAGUACAUGGCAACCCAGCUGCUGGCCAAAUUUGAAGAGAAUGCGCCCCCCCAGUCCACCGGCAUCCGGAGACAGGGCUCCAUGAAGAAGGAGUUCCCGCAGAACCUGGGAGGCAGUGACACGUGCUACUUCUGCCAGAAGCGGGUCUACGUGAUGGAGAGGCUGAGUGCUGAGGGCAAGUUCUUCCACCGAAGCUGCUUCAAGUGCGAAUACUGCGCCACCACCCUGCGCCUCUCGGCCUAUGCCUACGACAUCGAGGACGGUAAAUUCUACUGUAAGCCACACUACUGUUACCGACUUUCUGGCUACGCACAAAGGAAGCGACCGGCCGUGGCUCCUCUGUCUGGAAAGGAGGCCAAGGGACCCCUGCAGGAUGGCCCCACUGCAGACGCAAAUGGACGGGCCAGCGCCGUGGCCAGCUCGGCUGAGAGAACCCCAGGUUCCAGUGUGAAUGGCCUGGAGGAGCCCAGCAUCGCCAAGCGGCUGCGGGGCACCCCCGAGAGGAUCGAGCUGGAGAACUACCGACUGUCCAUGCGCCGGGCCGAGGAGCUGGAGGAGGUGCCCGAGGAGACGCAGGCGGAACACAACCUGAGCAGCGUGCUGGACAAGGGCGCGGAGGAGGACGCCGCCAGCAGCAGUUCCGAGUCCGAGAUGGAGGAGGAGGAGGAGGAGGAGGAGCCCCAGCUACCCACCUCCGACCUGGGCGGUGUUCCUUGGAAGGAAGCUGUGCGGAUCCAUGCCCUUCUGAAAGGGAAGAGUGAGGAGGAGCUGGAGGCCUCGAAGAGCUUUGGGCCUGGAGAUGAAGAGGAGGAAGAAGAGGAGGAGGAAGAGGAGGAAGAUUAUGAUGAGGAGGAGGAGGAAGAGUCCAGCGAAGCUGGGAACCAGCGGCUCCAGCAGAUCAUAAACCCGGCGGAUCCCCUGGAGAUCCAGGCCGAUGUGCACUGGACCCAUAUCCGUGAGAAAGAGGAGGAGGAGAGAUUGGCACCCGCCUCUGAGUCCUCUGCUUCCAGAGUCUCGUUGGAUGAGAAUGACCUGGAGGAAGAUGUGAACUCGGAGCCAGCAGAGAUAGAAGGGGAGGCGGCCGAGGAUGGGGACCCGGGGGACACUGGUGCUGAGCUGGACGAUGAUCAGCCCUGGUCUGACAAUAUCCCGUCGGAUGCCGAGACAGAGCUGCGCUUGCGGCGCCAGGCCGAGGUGGCAGCAGAGCUGGAGCUGAGGGUGUCAGACGAUGAGGAGGAGAAGCCACCCGCCUCGCCAGAACGACGGGAGACAGGGCUCUCCCAAGCCUCUGCCCCGGCCCGGCCCCCUCGAGAACAAGCACCUCUCCUCACCCCCGUCCACAGCCCAGUGGCAGAGGGGUCCCAAGUCCCACUUGCCCCUGUCACCGCCAAGGUGAAAUCGCCCGAGGAGCACCUUUUCCCUGAGCCUCUGUCCCCCAAAGAAAAGCCCAAAGCUGAAGCCCCCACGGACCCGAAGGCUGUGCCCUGCCCCAUCCGGUCUCAGCCGGCGGCCCUGCCAGAAGCCAGGACUCCCGCCUCUCCCAGGAGCCCGCAGCCCCUGCCGCCCCUGGUGGCCUCCACACCCCCCUGCAGCCCGCUGCCCAUUUGCUCCCAACCUCAGCCUUCCUCCGAGGCCACCGUCCCGUCCCCCACGCAGUCCCCCAUACGCUUCCAGCCCAUCCCCGCCAAAACCUCCACCCCCUUGACGCCGCUGCCCGUCAAGAGCCAAGCCGACAGCAGGGACAGACUCGGCAGCCCCCUGGCCGGGGACGAGGCCCUCAAGCGCAGCGACCUGGUGGAGGAGUUCUGGAUGAAGAGUGCUGAGAUCCGCCGCAGCCUGGGCCUCACGCCUGUGGACCGCAGCAAGGGGCCCGAGCCCAGCUUCCCCUCGCCCGUCUUCCGGCCCGUGUCCCUGAAGUCCUACUCCGUGGAGAAGUCCCCCCUGGAGGAGGGACCUCGUCUUCUCAAACCUCCACUCCUGCCCAAGAGACUGGGCCUGCCCAAGCCGGAGGGCGACCUGCCGUCCCUGCCGACGCCCAAGUCGCCGUCCCACCGGGAGCUGAGAGCCGCCCCUGAGGAGCCGCGGGACCUGUCCAGCAGCUCGGGCCUGGGCCUGCACGGCAGCUCCUCCAACAUGAAGACCCUGGGCAGCCAGAGCUUCAACACCUCCGACUCGGCCAUGCUCACGCCCCCCUCCAGCCCGCCGCCCUCCGAGGAGCCCACGCUGAAGCACGAAGCCACCAGCGAGGAGGUCCUCUCCCCGCCCUCGGACUCGGGGGGCCCGGACGGCUCUGUCACCUCGUCCGAGGGCUCCAGCGGGAAGAGCAAGAAGAGGUCGUCGCUGUUCUCCCCCCGCAGAAGCAAGAAGGAGAAGAAGCCCAAAGGCGAGGGCCGGCCUCUGGAGAAGCCCAGCCCCGGCGCCCCGGAGGAGGCAGCGGCCAAGCCCAAGUCCUUGUGGAAGUCGGUCUUCUCCGGGUACAAGAAGGACAAGAAGAAGAAAGCCGACGACAAGUCCUGCCCCAGCACCCCCUCCAGCGGAGCCACAGUGGACUCUGGCAAGCACCGGGUGCCUCCCAUCAUGAGAGCAGAGCUGCAGCUCCGACACCAGCUGAGCUUCUCGGAGGACUCGGACCUGUCCAGCGACGACGUCCUCGAGCGGUCCUCACAGAAGUCCAGGCGAGAGCCAAGAACCUACACCGAGGAGGAGCUGAACGCCAAGCUGACCCGGCGCGUGCAAAAGGCCGCUCGAAGACAGGCCAAGCAAGAGGAACUUAAGCGGUUGCAUCGAGCCCAGAUUAUCCAACGUCAGCUGGAGCAGGUGGAGGAGAGACAGCGGCGGCUGGAGGAACGGGGGGUCGCCGUGGAGAAGGCGCUCCGGGGAGAAGCAGGCAUGGGCAAGAAGGAUGACCCCAAGCUGAUGCAGGAGUGGUUCAAGUUGGUGCAAGAGAAAAACGCCAUGGUGCGCUACGAGUCGGAGCUGAUGAUCUUUGCCCGGGAGCUGGAGCUGGAAGACCGGCAGAGCCGCCUACAGCAAGAGCUCCGGGAGCGCAUGGCGGUGGAAGAUCACCUGAAGACCGAGGAGGAGCUGUCGGAGGAGAAGAAGAUCCUUAACGAGAUGCUGGAGGUGGUGGAGCAGAGAGACUCCCUGGUAGCCCUGCUGGAGGAACAGCGGCUCCGGGAGAAAGAGGAAGACAAGGACCUGGAGGCCGCCAUGCUGUCCAAGGGCUUCAGCCUGAACUGGUCCUGAGCGCCCGCCCGCACUCGACGUUGGUCCGUCGGCACCCGCCUGGCCGGGCUGCACUCGCCCAACUGCCCGGAUCUGAGAUCUGAGAGGGCCUGGCCCCUCCCUGGAGUUUGCGCGCAGAUGCCCACGUGCCUCUCGGAAAGUGGGGUCACGUCCCGUGUGCUGUCGGGAAGCCCCAGGCAGCGGUGGUUCUCCGGUGAGCCCCCCUCCUGGGAGGCGGCCUACCCGGGCCUUCCACUCGGGAGAGAGGAGCAUGGCGCAUGCGGUAUGUGACGCGGGCGCCCGCACGCUCCCUGAGGGUGCACUGGCUGGUGCCCCGUUCUCCCAUGGCACCUGUGGUAAGAGGAGGAAGCCGCUCCCUCUAUCAGACCCUCAGCCCCCACAGCACACCGCCAGGGGGCAGGAGCCGCGGCCGUCUUCAUCUCCCUGAAGCAUCACCAAAGACACCGA